UACUUUUAAAUAAAACUUAUGAUCCAGACAGUGAUAGACUAUCGGAAGUCGAUGUUGAUGCUCAAACAAAUAAAAACAAUACAUUAAAUUUGAAAGAAAACCAACAGGCUAAAGGUAGUCAUAUGAAUAAUUAUUUUAAAACCUCGAAAAGAAAUAUGAAAAAUAAACCUGAUAAUGAACAUGUUAAUGACAAUCGACAAACUGAAAAUAUCAGAGAGACAGAUAAAUCUAUGUCCAAUGACCAACAAUCAAUCAAUGUUAUCUCCGGAAUGCUUGAACAAACGAAUCUAGCAAACAAUAGUACACAAGCCAAUGACAUUGGAACUAUUCAAGAUAACGAUAAUAAAGAAGACUUGGUUAUAAGUGAUGAUGAUUCACCAGGAUGGUCAGAAUGUGAAGAUUGCUAUGGAAAUAAAAAGGAAAUGUGUGCUUAUUGUGGUUGUUCUGUAUGCUCAUGGAAAGGCAACAGAGGUCAUAUCCUCUUGUGUGAUGGUCCUUGUGGCAAAAAUUUUCAUACUAGUUGUUUAAAUCCUCCGCUCACAAGAAUUCCCUCCAGAAAUUGGUACUAUGAAAUUGAUAAUCAAAGUGCAAAAAAAAACAAAAGAUUGAAAUCAAAAAGUGUUAAAAAAUAUAAGACACAACAGGAUAUUUUAAAUUCUGACGAUGAAGACAGUCAAAAUAUAAGGAAAUUUUCAAAGAAAAAGGCAACGAAUCAUAAUGAAAAAUGCGCGGUUUUAUCGAAUCCUUUAGUUAAAUCAACUUCGCAUAAUGAUAGUUCUAUCGAUGACUAUAUUGAAAAUUUUCCUGUUGUUGUUAUAGAAAGGAUGAAUGCUUUAGUAAUAGACAGGUAA